GGACAUAUGGAACAUAGGAUCAAUGUGACUGAGUUUGUCCUCUUGGGGCUCACUCAGAGCCUCCAAGGUCAGAAAAUAUUAUUUGUUGUGUUCUUGCUCAUCUACAUUGUGACAAUAGUGGGCAACCUCCUCAUUGUGGUGACCGUGGUGGUCAGCCCAACCCUGGAUUCCCCUAUGUAUUUCUUUCUUGGUUACUUAUCUUUUAUGGAUGCUGUGUAUUCUACUACAGUCACUCCAAAUAUGAUUAUAGACUUACUCUGUGAGAAGAAAACCAUUUCCUUCCAAGCUUGCAUGUCCCAGCUCUUUCUAGGGCACUUGUUUGGUGGCUCAGAGAUUUUACUCCUGGUGGCCAUGGCCUAUGACCGCUAUGUGGCCAUCUGCAAACCCUUGCAUUAUUUGACCAUCAUGAAUCAACGGGUGUGUGUUUUGUUGCUGCUGUUGGCCUGGGUUGGAGGUUUUCUGCAUGCUGUUGUUCACCUUGUCUUUGUUUACAACCUUCCCUUCUGUGGUCCCAAUGUCAUUGACCACUUCAUCUGCGACAUGUACCCAUUAUUAAAACUUGCCUGCACUGACACUUACGUUAUUGGCCUCACUGUGGUUGCCAAUGAUGGGGCAAUCUGUGUGGUCAUCUUUACGGUCUUGCUCGUCUCCUAUGGGGUCAUUCUGCAUUCUCUGAAGAACCUUAGUCAGGAAGGGAGGCGCAAAGCCUUAUCCACCUGUGGCUCCCACAUUACGGUGGUGGUCCUCUUCUUUGUCCCCUGCAUCUUCAUGUAUGUGAGACCUCCUUCUACAUUACCCAUUGAUAAAUCCUUGACUGUAUUUUACACAGUUAUCCCACCUAUGUUGAACCCCCUAAUCUAUACUCUGAGAAAUGGAGAGAUGAAAAAUGCCAUGGAAAAGCUCUGGACCAGAAGAAGAAAAUGAGGCAGAAGAGAAAUAUAUCACCUCUUUUCAGUGAAUAGUUGCUCCAUCCAGUAAAGAAUUAUUUAUUGAUAGUAAGU